CAAUGUCGUGGCCGGGCCGUUAGUACUGAAUUAAUAUGCAACAUUUUUAUUUUCAGAAAAUUAAUCCACAAUGGCGGAUGAUGAAGGUAACGAGGAUGUUGGGGAGGAGCAGCAGCCAGAGGUCUAUGAGGAUGACACACUCAGUCCGGUACCCGUGCAGCCUCUAGACCCGCCCAAGUAUGAAGUUAGGCCCGGCCUCGGAGAAAAAUUUCAAGCUGAGAACAUAUACGAGAUUAUACUGUCGUCUAUGCAGCAGCAGUUAACAGGCAGAACGUACCGAGCCGACCAGGCGCCACACUGGGCGCAAAUGAUCGUCAAUGGCGUCAGGCAACGGACACAAGAGCUUGGCAUGAAGAGGUACAAAAUUCUAGUUCAGGCCGUGAUCCUCGAAAUGAAAGGCGCCGGCAUCAAGAUGGGCCAGCGGUGUCUCUGGGACCCCGAGACUGAUGACUACGUCCACGGUCUAUACAAGGACGGCAGCAUACUGUGCCACUGUACCGUCUAUGGCAUAUAUAUGUACUGAGGGCGCCACUAUUGACUAUAGUCAGGUACCUACACAUGCAUUUGAGGAGAUAAUUAUGCUAAUGAUAUAUUUACAUGGUUCAUAAGGAUUCCUAUUAGAGUUCUGACGACUAUGUCUAAGGGCUGUACAAUAGAGCUGUGCUUGCUCGUUCACUGAAAAGAUCGCUACCAACUAGUACGAUCUCCAAAGUGUACUAGUUCGUUCUUUUAGGACAUUUAGUACAGUAGUACACCGAGAGAGCGAGAGACAUGUUCAUCCGUUCGGGAGCUACGAUGCCACAGACAGACACACACAGACAAACAAACAGACAGACACAUCAAACGUAUAACAGCCCGUCGUUUUUGCGUCGGGGGUUAAAAAAUAAAAUUGCUGGAAAAGUUGCGAUGUCUGAUUGGUCUGAAUGUAAAUCAGUUUAACUGUGACUUUAUGACGUUUUUUAUUGCGUAGUCUGUUAAUGUAUUAUGUAAUAUAUUUGGACAUAUACUUGUAACAUACAGGGUGACAUCGCAGAUGCGUUCAAGAAGUUGUACAGAAAUUGAUUUUAAAAAUUAUCAAGUCAGACCAUGUGCUGACGUGAAAUACUGUGAAAAUCACCUUGAAGCAUUUUUUAUCUGGGUAAUAUUUGACUCCGGCCCAGCCACGACAUUGGUCUAAGCGCGACAGCGGUGAGCGGCAGCCAUACGUGCGAAUGAAAAGUCCCAUCGCUGUGUCUCGCUCCAAUAUAUGGCCGCCGCUCACCGCUGCCGCGCUUAGCCCAAUGUCGUGGCUGAGCCAUUAAGCCAUAUCCUAUAGCGAUUUUGAUAUAUGUCACCCUGUGCAGUAUGACCAAAAAGAGUAGUAAUUAAAAACCGGCCAAGAGCGUGUCGGGCCACGCUCAGUGUAGGGUUCCGUAGUUUUCCGUAUUUUUCUCAAAAACUACUGAACCUAUCAAGUUCA